CUUAUUAGCAUUUAAAACCAUGAAGUUGAUUAAGGUGUUCUUUGUUCUAGCAGUAGCCAUGGCCUUAAUCAUAAGCAUUGCAGCAGCAAUGCCAAAGGAAGAAGAAGAAGAAGAUUUGGUGAUUGGAUCUUCUUCAUCUUCUGGUUCUUCUCUACUUGGAAUGGGUCGUUUCCUGACACAAAAUAGUAACCCUAGGCAGCAGCAGACUUGCAACAAAUACCCAAGGAUAUGUAGAGCUAAGGGGAGCCCAGGGCCUGAUUGCUGCAACAAGAAAUGUGUUAAUGUGUCUACAGACCGACUCAAUUGUGGGAUGUGCGGGGAGAAGUGUAAGUACAAUGAGAUAUGUUGCGGUGGUAAAUGUGUCAACCCAUACUUUAAUAAGAAGCACUGCGGGCGAUGCAGCAAUAAGUGCAAGAAAGGGAGCUUAUGUGUACUAGGGAUAUGCAACUACGCUUAGAUUUUGAGAGAGAGAG